UUAGCAGCUGCCAGUGUCAUCAUUGGCGAAGCUGGACAUAUGCCAUCUGCAGAAGACAACGAAUCCGAACAAGACCAGCAAGAUCUUCGACAGAAAAAAGCUGAAAUUGCAAGGUGUUGGAUUAAAUACUGUUUGAACCUGUUACAGGAAGCCCGAAAGCUGCUUGAGGACAAUAUUGGUGAGCUGGAUCCAGACAGGCAAGUGGAACUGAAAGCCCAGCAGGAAAAAGAGGAGGAUGAGAAGGAAAAAGAAAGAAAGAAGGCUGUUCUUUUUGGAACGAGUGAUUUGUGUGAUUCUAUUUUGGCCAUGGAAGAGAAAGUGAGUUGUGUGUUUCCAUUAGACUUCAAAGAAGCCCGAGAAGUCUUCUUAGUAGGUCAGAACUAUGUCAACGAAGCCAAAGAGUUCUUUCAGGUAGAUGGGUAUGUCACGGAUCACAUUGAAAUUAUCCAAGACCACAGUGCUUUAUUUAAAGUGCUGGCUUUCUUUGAAGAUGAUUUUGAGAGGCGUUGCAAGAUGCACAAGCGUAGGAUCGAUAUGCUGGAGCCACUGUACUCCGGCUUAAAUCCUCAGUAUUAUCUGCUACUCACUAGACAACUUCAGUUUGAAUUGGCAGAUACCUAUUAUGAGAUGAUGGAUUUAAAAGUGGCCAUUGGCAAUAAACUAGAAGAGCUUGACUCCCACACAGUCAAGAAAAUAAAUUCGUUGGCUCAGAUGGCCAUGAAAUUCUAUGAGCUCUUCUUAGCACUGAGGAACCCUGAUAAGAUCUUCCCAGAGAUCCUUGAGGAAGAUGUCCUACGCCCUGCAAUGGUGGCCAAAUUCCAUAUUGCACGCCUUUAUGGCAAGCUUAUCACUGCAGAUGGCAAAAAGCAGCUGGAGAAUAUGCAGUCCUCCUUGGAAUAUUACUCAUUUCUAGUGGAUUAUUGUGAGAAGCACACAGAUGCGGUCCAAGCUAUUGAAACUGAGCUAGAACUGAGUAGAGAAAUGGUUGAUCUUCUUCCAACCAGAAUGGAAAGGCUAAAAGCAAAGCUUUUAACUUCCACAUAACUUCUUUUCUCUCCAUGGCAGUGUGCAAUAUUAAUAUGUCUGUCUAAAAAGAGAGUGUCCCUUAACGGCAGUUUCUUUGUAAUAAUUGAACAACUUUCCUUUCAAAUGCCUGCCGUGACAGGCAGCAUGGAACCUAUUUCAGACUGAAAACUGUCCAGUGUAGUUGCUCUCCCAUACUUCAAUAUUAAAUAUACAGUGAGUGGUCAACUGAUGCCUCUAUACUAUUUGCACCCUUCUGACAUGCGAGCCUUCCUGCCUUAUAUUUUUCUCCUGCCACUGCAUGGCCAGUUUCCAGCUGCAGUGUUGCUUUCCAGCUGUUUCCUAUACUAGGGAACGUUUUGUACAGUCCUAGCUAUCAGCAUAACUUAGGCACUUGGCUGUGUGGCACUGAUCCAGAUUUAGAUUUAAGAUUUUUGUUAACAAAUCACUAAUUUAAUUGUGUCAUUUUUGUAUAUGUUGUCCUUCUAUCCCCUUUUAGAGGAAUCCGUAAAUAAACAUACUUGAUGGCAAAAAUC